AUGCCUUCAGCAAGUGAUCCGGAUGAGAACGAGGAGGGUUUUCAGUUCACCCAGGAUCAGAAGCCCCUGCUGUAUGCUCAGGCGUUCUCCAACUUCGAUGGCGCCGAGGAAGGAGCGAUGUCCUUGCAGGAGGGAGACGUCGUUGCCGUAGACGAUACAUCGGACAGCGGCUGGUGGCUCGGGAGGAAGAUUGAUGUCAAAGACAUGAGCGUGCUAGACCGGGGAAAGUUCCCCAAGAGUUUUGUGGUUUUCCAUUCACUGCCAACUCCUGAGGACGAUGCGGAAGUUCUGGACCCCACAGGGGCGCAGGAAGACAUGGAAAAUCUUAAGAGAGUUGUCAAAGAAAUCAUCGAGCGACGAGGAAACUGGCUUCCAAACGGGGAGCUGGGGGUCCAGGGCGUGAUAGGUGGGCUGACAGAGCACAGAGCUCUGUCCUUCGCCUUGAAAUCGGCCCUGGAGUCCUCGGCUGGUCAGGGGCAAGAGGAGGCGGCGGAAAUGGAGCCGACAGACCUUGUGUUGUACCGAUCGGUCCAACAUGUCAUCGAGAACGAGCCGGACCAGGUCUGCUCGGAGAUGCUGUGGAUUGCUAGGAGGCUUCAGUUCAAUAUGAACCUGAAGGACAAGGAGGGUCAGACCCUCCUCAUGCGAUCGUCCAGCCUCGGGCGCAGCUUCGUGGUGCAGGAGCUGUUGGAGCUGAAUGCGGACGUGGAUGUUGUAAACUUGGAGGACGGGAGCACGGCUUUGAUUCAGGCUGCGAGAGAGAGGUUUGAUGAAACUGUUUCUCUGCUCAUCAGAGCCAGAGCUGACUGCUCGGUCGUCGACCAUCAUGGCGUCAAUGCGUUGAGGUACGUCGUCAAUGAAGGAGAAGACCAGGAGAAGCUAUGGUCUGAGAAGUCAUCGAACGCGGUGAACUACUGCAGCUUGUUCGCCACGAUCAGAAAGCAGAGCGACGAGCAAGCAGAGAACGGGAAGAAGCGUGUGAGGUUCGAAGGGGGCGGUGAGGCGACUAUGAAUGGCGCGACGGGGGGGAAUGGGUUGUCGGAGAAGAUUGAGCUGUUCUUCGAAGAGGAUCUAGAGGUCAAACCUGUCGAGGACCUCCUGGCUGAGAUGAAGAACAAGUCGGAGGACGAAAUGCGCUCCCUGCUCUCCUCCCUCCCUGUGGAGAGGAUCCAGCAGAUCUCUGAAGCUCUCGACUGGGAGAGAGACGAGGAGGAGAAGCAGCGGCUGAAGGAGAGCACGCAGAAGAAGGAGGCGCAGGUGCUUUGA